AUGGUUAUGGAGGCUGAGCAUUUCCAGAUCUGCAGUCCACAAGCUGGAGAGCCAGGAAAGCCAAGAGCAUUCCAGUGCAAGUUAGGGUCUGAAGGUGGCAGAAAACCAAUGUCCCAGCUUGAAGACGCAGAGAAAGCAAAUUCUCCCUUACUCAGCCUUUUGUUCUAUUCAGACCUUCAAAAGUUUUCUGGAUGCGACUGUUGUCCGGUUUGUGAAGGCGCGGCCAGGAGCCUUCUCCAAGGAGGGGUAACGGGGACCCCAGACGGUCCUCUGGGUGCCUGUCCCGAAGGCGCUAGUCUCAUUUUGGCGGCGGCGGCGGUGGCGACGGAGUCCUGCAGCCCCAUGAGGCCCAGGCUUGGCAGACUCUGGGGAGCUGCCACCGCCACGGUCCCCUCCGGGGAUCCGACUAGCAGCCCAGAAGUCAGUGAGGCGGUGGCCAGGGCGGGGCGGCCGCGUGGGAAGGCGGGGCCCGGGCAAGGGCUGGGGCGGGCGCGGGGCGCGGGGUCCCCGGCGUCCGGGCAGCAGGCCUGGGAAUGCAGGCGGGUGGGGCCGGGGCUGCGGGCCGGGCGCCCUGGCUGCUCUGGUUCGCCUCCUCCCCGGCGGCAACAGCAGCAGCAUUCUCCGCCUCCUUGCUCCCUUUUCUUCUUUUCCGCUUCUUCUCUUCUCCUUCUCUCCCUCUCCGAGCUUCCUCCCCGGUGUCCCUUUUUCUCCCCCUUUCCCUUAGAGCCUCGGUUCUCCAGGUCCAGCAGAAGUCUCCGCGAGCACCACGGAAACUUCCGGCGCGGUCUAGCGCGCGCCGCAAGCCCCCUGGGCCGGUCCCACGCGCGGACCGAGCCUCCGCGGGCCGCGGGAGGCAGGAGGGACUCGGGCCGCGGCUGCUCGCCGAGGUGGAGUGAGCUGCCCGGAAGCGUCAGGCCGGCCUCUCCGCGUGUCCUUACGGAGCCGGGAGCUGGUGCUGGGCUCCCCGACGAGAGCGUGCAAUUUGGCUGCUACCUCGACGGGCCAGGGUUAAUGCUACCUGAGGUUGGAAUGUGCGACUCCGCCAAGGUAAGGGGAGUGGGCGAUGGAGAUGGAGCAAACUGCGGCAGGAACUCUUGGUCACUUUCAAAUAAUUUCCCCUGUAAGUGGUCCAGAAACAAUUUGAAAGAUGAGACAAAUAUUCAGAUUUUUGAAAUAACAAGAAGAAUCAAGGUUGAUGGAAGGUUGUUUCAGCGCUGCUUUGCUGGCUGUCUUUUUUCUCCUUGGCUUUUAUUUGGAGAUAGAAAUUUCAAGAGUGUGCUGGAAAGAGGACAGGAGUGUGGAGGAUCCAAAACCAACAAUGGAGGAAGGGGACAUCUUCCUCUUGUUGAAAUGAAGCAUGUUAGCUCAAUGCCACUAAAGCCUCAGACUCAGACUCACACUGUUCGACAAAUAACAAAGUUCUGGGGGUGCUUGGGUGGCUCAGUCAGUUAACCAUUUGCUUUCAUCAUGUCAUGGUCUCAAGGUCCUGGGAUUCAACCCAGCUUCUCCCUCCCCCCCCCCCCUGCUCCUCCCACC